AUGCAUACAUCGAAACCUUUGCAGCCGACGUCCGUGAAGCUCUAUGCGGCCAAUGGCUCAGAAAUAAACGCAUACGGUAUACUUCGCCGCCGUAUAAAUCUUGGCCUGCGACGGAACUUUGAGUGGAGCUUCAUGGUAGCUGACGUAAGUACACCGAUAAUCGGCAGCGAUUUUAUCCGCCACUACGAUUUAACCAUUGAUUUGAAAAGAAACAAAUUAAUAGACAAAACUACGAACCUCGAAGUGCCGUGCACUAUUCGCACCGGGUUGAAUAUGCAGAUUAAGGCAUUCGAUCAUAACGAUCCGUUCGCGAAGUUGCUGGCGGACUUCAAAGACCUCACAGAGAUGACUUCGGAUCGCAGACCAGUUAAUACUGAUGUUCAUCACGUCAUAGAAACAUCUGGUCAACCUGUGAACGCUCGUGUACGAAAGCUGGACCUGGAAAAGCUUGCUGCAGCCAAAGCCGAGUUCGAGUAUUUGAUGCGAAUCGGUGUAUGUCGUCCAUCCAAAA